AUGUCUAUUAUGCCCAUGACGCCCAUUAUGCCCAUUAUGCUGAUUAUGCCCAUUAUACCUAUUAUGCCCAUUAUGCCCAUUAUGCUGAUUAUGCCCAUUAUGCCUAUUAUGCCUAUUAUGCCCAUUAUGGCUAUUAUGGCUAUUAUGCCCAUUAUGCCUAUUAUGCCUAUUAUCCCUAUUAUGCCAAUUAUGCCCAUUAUGCCUAUUAUGCCUAUUAUGCCUAUUAUGCCUAUUAUGCCUAUUGUGCCCAUUAUGGAUAUUGUUGGUUUUGGUCCAUUCAUGUUUGGAUUCACAAUAAUGGAUAUUGUUAGUUUCGGUCCAUUUAUGCCGAAUGAUAUUUCAAUUAGUUAUUUGGGCUGUGGGUGUCGGGGUUUUCAUGUUCAUUCUUUACUCAUCGGAGACAAUCAUAAUUGUACAGCUGGUGGUGCUCAUUUCAAUCCCUACAAUGUAUCUCAUGGGAUGCAGGAAGAUUCAGUUUUGGAACGACAUGUGGGAGAUCUAGACAAUAUUGAAGUAGAUGCUGAUGGUAUAGCCCAUGUUGGAAUAUGUGAUUGGGUUAUUUCGCUUGGAUUCAAUAAGACAAGAAAUGUUAUUGAUUUACCUCUUAUGAUCCACAAUUUGACAGACGACGGAGGUCACACUGGCCAUGGUGAAAGUAACAUGACUGGAAAUGCUGGUCCUCGUAUAGCAUGUGGAACAAUACGUCCUGAUUAA